AUGGCUGACGAGAUCAAGGUCCCACUACCCAGGUACCAGGACUCUAAGGCGCUGUUAGAGUAUGCAGUCCGGAAGAUGAAAGAGGAAAACAUCAUUGAGGGUGUUUUGAAGUGGCAAGAAAAAGAAGUUGAUGCGAUCAUCCCGCCUGAAGCAGAAGAGCCCCCAUCCUCCACUCGCUGCUUCCGUGGUUUCUCAAUAAACAUCCUACAAGAAAGUGACUUGAGACAGCAACUAGAACGGAUCUGGAACGCAAGCAGCGAAGAGGAGGCAGAGCGGGUGCAGAUGGAGGAGUUCAAGUCUCUCAUCUACGAGGACGAGCACUGUGUUGGUCUUGUGCCGUCCAACUUCAGAGAGAACAAGAAUAUUAGUCCUAACGGCAUCAACCUGUCGAGCUUCCACAAAGCCAAAGAUCGCGGUCUUACAAGCCGUUAUCACCUUCUCAUGCUCCCUAAGGCUCGGCGGUACAACGCAUGCACACUCAGCAAGCAGGAUCUAGAGCUGUUGAAGCACAUGGACACCGUCGGGCGGAGGCUCCUCCUAGCUCUUGCGGCAGCUGACUCGUUUCCUGCUGACGGAGAGAGCAAUCUAGAUCGGCCUCUGACACGAGCAGAGCUGAAAGAGAUUUCAGACAAGGUCAAGAACAACCAGCUCGACCUGGGGACUCCUUUCUACUUACCAGGUGGAGGAGACCUUUGCCCUGAAGCCGCAGAAGCUCAGUGCUCACAGGUGGUGACAGCUUUCCAGGUCUACCCCAACCACAGCGUUGGCUGGCUUCACCUCCACGUCUUUGCAAGCAUCGGCCUCACUCGAGCAGGGUUCGGGACUUUCAUUAUUCCAUUCCUCCUGCCUUGCCACGAGCUCCCUUCCUAG